UACACAGAUCGUACCAUGCAAUGUGAGAUUGGCAUUCAAUGAUCUCAUCGGAGACACCGUGACCUUCGACGCUCUUGGGGGGCCAUACACUAUGCAGGUCGAGAAGGGGCGAAAGAUAACCCAGAUAGGAGGAGAUGAUUGGGAUUGUUUCAUCGCCCGCAUGCGUCUUAGUGGGGGUGAAUUGAUCAGCUUCUCCUUCAGAAGAGAUAGGCCCAGGAUUUCUGUUAUCUAUCUAAAUUUGAUUCCGGAUAGUGAGGAUGAAGUUCAUGAGGAGGAAGAUGGUGCUGAUUCAGAUGAUGAUGAGAACCCACUUGUUGAAUACCUGUAUGCCCAAGGACUCAGACUGGGUGACGAGGAAAUCGGCAACCUCUGGGACAUGCUUCCGCUACGUGAAGACUACCUAGGGAAGCCAUUCGUGACCCGCCUCACAAGGACGAAUGUUAAACGGCAUAUCAUGAAAUUACCUAAGAGGUUACUUGAUAGCUGUGGCAUCGACCCGGACGAAGAAGGCAUGGCUGCUGGACUACGCCUUACCAGAACGGGCUCCAUCACCAGCUGUGCCUAUGCAGUGGACACGGACAGUCGCACUGUCUUGAGAAGGGCAGGGUGGAAGAAGUUCCUUCGUGGCAACAAUCUUCGGGUAGGACAGGCCAUCCUACUCACUGUUGCGAACACCAGUCGCCAUGACUUGAGGAUGAUGAUCACCAUCCACCUCAUUUAG